GGAGCGACGCGGAGCCCGGGCUUCGCCGCGGGGCUCGGUUCCCGGCGUGCAUCCCGGGAGCCCUGCGUCCUCGUGGAGAGGCAUGGAGCCGGGCCGUCGGGGCAGUCUGCGGACCGCGUGGGGCCGCCACCGUUCGCGCCCGAGCUCCGCGCGGAGCCGCGCCGAGACCUCAGAGACUGAGCGUCCGCCUCUCCCUUUCCCCUGCUCCCCACGCGGAUUUCUUUCUUCCAUUCGCAAUACAAGCGUGUGUUGAGCCCCGAGGCCAGAGAUGUAGGAUCUAGUGGGAGCGUUUGGAGAUGGACACCGGACACACAACCUUGUCCUUGGAGUUUACAGUACACGUAAAAGUUGAUGUGACAGGUAGUACAACUGUGUGAACAAAUUAUAGAGAGAACACAGGAAGAAGCACAUUUUCAUCUCUGAGUGGUGGGAAGACAGUGUAAUUGACCACCCACCAGCUGGUGCCCCGAUGGAUAGCACACAUUUAAUUUAUUGCUCUUCGCAACUCAAAUUCAUGGGGAUCAUUGUGCUUGAGUUGUACUGGAAGCAUGCUCCAAAGACCUGCAAGAAUUUUGCUGAGUUGGCACGUCGAGGGUACUACAAUGGCACGAAAUUUCAUAGAAUCAUCAAAGACUUCAUGAUCCAGGGAGGUGACCCAACAGGGACAGGUCGAGGUGGUGCCUCUAUCUAUGGCAAACAGUUUGAAGAUGAACUUCAUCCAGACUUGAAAUUCACAGGGGCUGGAAUUCUUGCAAUGGCCAAUGCGGGACCAGACACCAAUGGCAGCCAGUUCUUUGUGACUCUCGCUCCCACGCAGUGGCUUGAUGGCAAACACACCAUUUUUGGUCGCGUGUGCCAAGGUAUAGGAAUGGUGAAUCGAGUAGGGAUGGUGGAAACAAACUCCCAGGAUCGCCCUGUGGACGAUGUGAAGAUCAUCAAAGCGUACCCUUCUGGGUAGACAUGCCGCUCUUCUGGGCACACUCGGGUCUUCUGACCAGCGCCAGCGAAUCAGCUUCCAGAUCACCUAGAAUGGCUCUGAGCUGCGUUUUGGCCUUGCAAGUCAUGGCACAGGAGGCCUGGGUCUUGGGAGAGUUAGAGAUGGGAGCGUAUUUUAAUAGGGAGCCUCCUUUCCCCUCCCCCAGUGCCUCGUUGGCAGAACAUUUGCAGAAGUACCCGUGCACAAUCUUUUGCGGAUUACUGCUCAUCGCCAGUGACCCUCACCGCUCCUCCUUGUUCAUGUCUGUUCUGAUAAGCUUGGAACAAGAUGAAGUAGGCUGUCAUUUCGCCAUGCCUAACCAAACUUCUUCCUGUGGAGAUUUAUAUUCUGGCCUACCCUGCAGUCUUUGGUGGCUGACAGCAACAGAAUUCAAAAUCAAGCAGUGUCUAUCAGCCUUCUUAACUCUGUGCAGUCCUUGUCUCCAAAUCCUGUAUUUGUUCUUCCAGGGAAUGUGUACAUCUCUCUAUAUAUUUUCCCUCUCAAAACCAGAACAUCAACACUGCUGUUUCUGACACGUCGACAUCCCACGCAAAGCCACAUUGAAUUUUUGCCAAGUGAAAAUGCAUCCAACAAUCAAGUUUCUAAGAAGGUGUCAAGUGGGGAAUGAUAAUAUGUAAUAAUCGAGAAGUGAAUUUAUUAAAAGGAAGCAGAAGCAUGGGCCAUUUUUCCCAUAAGGAGUAGAACUUUGUAAUGAGCUUGAGGGCAGAAUGUGACUUCUUAAAAAGCAGUAUUCUCAUAAAGGAGGGGCACAAACUUAUGUUGGGUUUUUGUUGUUGUUGUUGUUGUUGUUUUUAUAUAACAGAAGACUUUAGGGGAGUUAGAUAAAAGAUUUUAUGGGGUUUUGUUUUUUAAAUCUUUCUGAUUGGGGGGAAGGUAAAAAAAAAAAAAAAGGGAGUUAAUACCUGUGUAAUAUUUAGAAGCUUCCAAAAUAAAAUUUCAC